UUUGCCCCUUCCCUGCACAGCGUUGGAACUCCAGCACAGCCUCUCAUCGUCUCUGCCUGCUCUUCCUGCUCUUUGAAAACUCUCCGGACCAAAGCGUACCAGCAGGCAGCAUGGCUACAAAAUGUGGGAAGUGUGGACCCGGCUACCCUACUCCUCUGGAAGCCAUGAAAGGACCCAGAGAGGAGAUUGUCUACCUGCCUUGUAUUUACCGAAACACGGGCACUGAGGCCCCAGAUUACCUGGCCACUGUGGAUGUUGACCCCAAGUCUCCCCAGUAUUGCCAGGUCAUCCACCGGCUGCCCAUGCCCAACCUGAAGGACGAGCUGCAUCAUUCAGGGUGGAACACGUGCAGCAGCUGCUUCGGUGACAGCACCAAGUCUCGCUCCAAGCUGGUGCUGCCGGGCCUCAUCUCCUCUCGAGUCUACAUUGUAGAUGUGGGCUCCGAGCCCCGGGCACCAAAGCUGCAUAAGGUCAUUGAGCCCAAGGACAUCCAUGCCAAGUGUGAGCUCGCCUAUCUGCACACCAGCCACUGCCUGGCCAGCGGGGAGGUGAUGAUUAGCUCCCUGGGAGACCCCCAGGGCAAUGGCAAAGGGGGUUUUGUGCUGCUGGAUGGGGAGACAUUUGAAGUGAAGGGGACAUGGGAGCGGCCUGGGGGUGCUGCUCCGCUGGGCUACGACUACUGGUACCAGCCUCGACACAAUGUCAUGGUCAGCACCGAGUGGGCAGCCCCCAGUGUCUUACGAGAUGGCUUCAACCCCGCUGAUGUGGAGGCGGGGCUGUAUGGGAGCCACUUACAUGUGUGGGACUGGCAGCGCCAUGAGAUCGUGCAGACCUUGCCUCUGAAGGAUGGGCUCAUUCCCCUGGAGGUCCGCUUCCUGCACAACCCCGAUGCUGCCCAGGGGUUUGUGGGCUGUGCCCUCAGCUCCACUGUCCAGCGCUUCUACAAGAAUGAGGGAGGUACUUGGUCAGUGGAGAAGGUGAUCCAGGUGCCCCCCAAAAAAGUGAAGGGCUGGAUGUUGCCUGAGAUGCCCGGCCUGAUCACUGACAUCCUGCUGUCCCUGGAUGACCGCUUCCUCUACUUCAGCAACUGGCUGCAUGGGGACCUGCGGCAGUAUGAUGUGUUGGACCCACAGAGCCCUCGCCUCACUGGACAGAUCUUCCUUGGGGGCAGCAUUGUCAAGGGAGGCCCUGUGCAAGUGCUGGAGGACCAGGAACUAAAGUCCCAGCCAGAACCCCUGGUGGUCAAGGGGAAACAGGUGGCUGGAGGCCCUCAGAUGAUCCAGCUCAGCCUAGACGGGAAGCGUCUCUAUGUCACCACUUCACUAUACAGCGCCUGGGACAAACAGUUCUACCCUAAUCUCAUCAGGGAAGGCUCUGUGAUGCUGCAAAUCGAUGUAGACACAGUAAAGGGAGGGCUGAAGCUGAACCCCAACUUCUUGGUGGACUUUGGGAAGGAGCCCCUCGGCCCAGCGUUGGCCCAUGAGCUCCGUUACCCUGGAGGCGACUGCAGCUCUGACAUCUGGAUCUGAAGUCCACUCAAGAACCAGACUCCACAGUCAGAGUCCUCACUUCCACAGGGACCCGGCUUCACACUACUCUUUCUUGGCCCUUGACCCUUGGCAGCUUGUCCCACCAUGGCCACUGAGUCUAUGGAAAUAUACUGAGCAGCAUCUUCAUGUGCUCACCACAGCUGCUUCUUGCUCCUUAAGCUGUUUUUACAUGAGCUCUUGGAAGCACCAAGGAAUAAACAGGUGAAACCAC